ACUUCCCAUAGACUCAUCAUACGUACGAUUGUACGCUAUCCUCAGCGUACGUACAAGCGUACAAAAUACGCCAUACGAGGCGUACGAGCGUGCACACCGGAGUGGCUGCUGGGCGAUGAUUGUUGUUUAUCCUGGAUCAGCUGACAUGGCCGAGUCGAGACCACACGUUGCCUAACAACGUUGACCCCGUGGAGCCUGACGGAGGCAGGCACGGCAAAUUCAACAAGUAUUCGCUGUAGAGAGCUUGCAUCACGAUGGUCUGUUCCGUUCUCAAGUGCAAGAACAGAACAUGUGCGAACAGAAAACAAGGAGUCUCCUUUCACAAGUUCCCUCUGAAGAAUACUCGCUUGCUCAAGGUUUGGCUCCGGAACAUCUCGCGGCCGGGCAAUCAUUGGCAACCAUCGCCGCGAUCUCGGAUCUGUAGCGAUCACUUCGAUCAGGAGUCCCUGGUGAAGAAGGACGGGAGAGUCGAGCUCAAGGAUAAUGCGGUGCCCACGUUGCAGAUCAGCUUCAGGGCUAAAGACGCUCCAGAUAUUGUAGAAAGCCUCGAUCAGGUUCCGGACGCUGCGGAUCAUGAGAGACCCGCGUCUCCCAUCGCAGACCACUCGUAUUCGUCGGCGGACCAGGAGCCUGUUGCUUCGCGCUCGGUUGAAGUUGCCAUGAAAGAACAUUCCUAUUUUACCGGAGUUGCACUUCAGUGCGCCUCUCCAGCAGCUGCGGCAGAUCAACCGAUGCUCCCCGAAGCGCUGGAGGCUCCGGACGACCACACAUAUCAUACGAACAUACCGAUCCGUUUAUCGCUGGACGACCACACAUACAAUCGGGGUGAAGCUGCACUCGUGAAUCCCCUAUCCAAAACUUCGCAAUCCGAUGAUCUCAAAGAAUCGUUGGCGACUGCUGCUAACGCUAAUAUCGAAGAGGAGCAGCGGGAAGAAUCUUGCAUACGGAAUUUCGAUCACACUUACAACAAUAAGAAGAACGCGGAGAGUCCAGCUGGAACAACAACUCCCCAAGAUUCCGAACCGCCAGUCGCGAGCCAAACCGCUCCGCUGCCAGCUGUCGGCAACAACGGCAAUCAAUCGACUCUCAGGAAGGGUCAGAAACGUCAAUCGGAAACUCCCGGUUGGAAGGAACUCUUCGAAGAGAACCAGUCACUGAAAAAUAAACUGAACGCCUCGACUCAUAAAUCGUCAGAACUCUCAAGCAAACUGACGGAGGCCACGGACAGAAUUCGAACUUUACAGGAUCAUGUGAGGAGACUCAAGAAGACACUGGCGGAAGUUGUGCUCGAGAGUGUCGAAGCUAUCGAGACGAAGAGCGCGAAAAACUUAAAGCCUGAAAAACGUAACUUAUUCGGAGAGUCGGAUUUCGUACCGGAUCUUCGUAGGUAUCGAGCACAUCUAGAUUUAUCUUCCUCUUAA